AUUAUUUUAGCUAUUGUGGUGCGGUUUUUGACCGGAAGAUAUCUAAGUGAAUACGCUUCUUUAGAGGAAGUGACGUAUGAAAGAAAUGUCACCGUUGAUGAAAAACAAGUGUCCAUUAAAGUAACAGACGUUGCAGGGAAGAAUCUGGACCGGAAGUCGGCUGCAAGAGACUGGCUUCACAAAAUAGAUGGCGCUGUCAUCGUUUAUUCCGUGACGGACCGGAACAGUUUUGACCUGGCGGAAAUUAUCUUGGAUUGGCUGAGGAAAGAAAAGAAACCAAAUCAGAUUAUUCCUAUGGUCUUGUUGGGAAACAAAUGUGAUUUAGAACAUUCAAGAACUGUUACAAAACAACCAACAGAAGAGUUGGAAUGGCGAACAGAUGGACUUAUGUUGACGGAAUGUUCAGCCUCCGCUAAUACUGAGAACAUUAAACGCGUGUUUCACGAACUUAUUAGAAAGAUAAGUGAAAAAAGAGAUUCGUCCUCCAAAGCACAGCGAAAACUUUCUCAUGCGCAGAUUGGAUCACCGAAAUUAAUUCGAGCGUCAUUAAGGAGACGUUUUAGUGUGUUUACUCGAGAGCGAACCUCUACAAUGUAAAUUUGGAAAACCAGGGUACAGUGUUAUAAUGAAAUGACAAUAAUGAAAAAAUCAACAGAGAUUUCUACAGAGAAAGAACUGGGCUCCCUACUUUAUAGUAUUACAUUUCCUGACUUGAAUACAACGAAGGAGGAAGUACAUUCCAAAUCAGAAACACUUCAGUUACUUUUGUAGAAGUAUAUAUAAGUUGUAAAUGUUUAUGACUGUAUGUGAGUGCUUCAUUUUACUUUUUAUAAUGUGUGCAAUGAAAAAGCAUAGACAAUAAUAUAUUUUAUUAUCCUUCCUCUAUAUAUGUAUACCGUACAGUAAUCUUCAUGCUUGUUCUAAUCUAGUAUAUAGUUGCAAACUAAUAUUCUAAUAUGCCUUUAUAGUUAUAAUUU